AUGGAGCCCUUACGUCCCUAUGAGCCCUAUGACACCCGGAAACAGUUCCUUGAGUGUGAUAGGAAGGUUUUACGUUUUUUCUGCCUGUGGGACGACUCAGCCUCGAUGUUCGGGGACCGUCGAGAACUCAUUCUGUAUUACUUUCUGUGCGACGAUACCAUCGAAAUCAAAGAAGUGGUGCCACCCUCCUCAGGCCGGGAUGCCACAUCGUUGUUCCUCCAGAGGAGAAAGCUACCCAAGUAUGGCCCACCUGGAGUCUAUCAGCCAGGUCAGAUAACGGAUCGAGCAGUUCUUAACCUGUAUCGUGGCUUGACAGGGAGACCAGCGGAUGGCUACCUGUUGGAUAAAUACAAGCUCGGGAAAGUAGACCAGGAGUUUUACAAAGACAGUGACCUGUUCAUAGGAGCCACCAUCAACGUGUGGGGAAGAAAAGUGCUUCUUUGCGACUGUGAUAACUUUACGAAGACCUAUUACAAGACUAAAUAUGGAAUUGGUAAGUAACACGUAUGUCAC